AGAUGGCGCUGAAAUCGCUAUUAUACAAUUCUAGUUAAUUUUUCAUACGUUUUCAUUAUUUUAAAUAAUUAUUGAUCGAGAUUAAUUAAUACACACGUAGAUUAUCAAAAAAUAUUAAAAUCCAUAUGCUCGUUAGGAAGUAAAUUGCUAGAAAAUAAAUACGAUAAAAAUGAUUGAAAAGAGAUGGAAACAGUAGUGUGCCAAACGUAUCUUGUUUGAAUAAUAUAUAAAUUAUAUAAAAGGAAAUUAUUUACAAUUUUUCUUUUUCGUUGAAAAAAUUAUUUUAUAAAUUAAAUAUCAAACGAAAAUUUAAAUUUCAAAGAAUUUGAGGAGAUAUCGAAUCAGAAUGGGAAUAGAAAUAUAUUCCGGCGGAAGUCGUAUUUUCGUUGGAAAUACUCCAUCCUUUUUGAUACAUCUCUUUUUUGAAUAGAGACGAUAGUUUGUUUAAUGCUUCACGCUACUUGAAUUUUUGUUUGCAUCGUUAAUGUCAAUGUGGAAAUAAAUAAAUAGAUAAGGACAGUAGAUAAAGCGUAUCUUCAAUAGGUAUCAAUAAGAUAAUGAUAACUUUUGUAUUUGAUGAAUUCAGUUGAUAUUUAAUGUAAAUUUAAUAGAAAGAAAUAUAUUAGAAAAAUUAUUUAAAAUGAGUGUGGAUACAACUUUACAUUCAGACGAACGCAGUCUCAAUUGCAAAAGAUCAACGUACAUGGAUUGGGAUGAAUAUUUUAUGGCUGUAGCAUUUUUAGUUUCAAAGCGUAGUAAAGAUCCAGUUACUCGUGUAGGAGCCUGUAUAGUCGAUAAUGAAAAUAGAAUAGUAGGUGUAGGAUACAAUGGUAUGCCCAGAGGUUGUAGCGAUGAUAUAUUUCCUUGGAAAAAGAAGUCUGGUAAUAAAUUAGAUGAAAAAAAACUAUAUGUAUGUCAUGCCGAAAUUAAUGCUAUUUUAAAUAAAAACUCUAAUAAAUUGAAGAAUUGUAGGAUGUACGUAGGUCUUUUUCCAUGUAAUGAAUGUGCAAAAGUAAUUAUUCAAUCUGGACUGAAGAAAAUUAUUUACAUGUCAGAUAAAUAUAAUUUUAAAAUUAAAACUAUAGCAGCGAAAAGAAUGUUUGAUGCUGCAAAUGUUAAGUACAUACGAUAUAUACCAAAAAACAAUAAAAUUGUGAUUGAUUUUAGUGAAAUUAAUCACAUUCCAAAUACGAUAAAUUUAGAUUCUGCCCUUGUUGAGACUAGUUGCGACAAACAGAAUCGUAAUGAUAACGACUGUGAUGAAUCAACUUUAUCAUUAAAAAAUGAUAAAAGUUCGACGAAUGCAGAGAAAAUUGAUGAUGCGAACGAAGAACAAAAUUUAACUGAAAUGAAAAGUUUAAUGAAAUAGUAUUUUUAUAUAGAUUAUGUAUAUAUUUGUUUAUUUAUCGUUUAUUUUCUUCUUGACAUGGUAUAGGUCAAAUCUUAUUUAAAUAAGACGUCACCAUAACGUCACAAUUGUGACUUACUGCUGCACAGAUUGGUAUUCUCAGAAAUUCAGUCAAUAUUUACAUAUAAAAUUUAAUGAAGAAUAGGUACAAACGCAGGUAGAGAAUACCACUUCUUUUAAUUUUUUACACAUAUAGUUAAUUUUAUUUUCCACUUUUAUCGGCCGUGGAUAUGUAAGAAAUAAAUAAACUAAUGUACAGAAAAUGAAUUAAUUUUUGUAAUAAUACAAGUAUAAUAUUAAGUAUA